GUUAAUCGGUGGAGGCGUGAUGACUGCCUGGAUCUGAGUCUGGGUGGAGUGACGUUGGACGGUCGCUGGUAGAAAGUUUUAAUUAGCGGAUUUAAAACGCCAAAAUGCUUCAGUCACAAAUACACUUUUGCUGAACUCCUGAAUUUAAGGAAGGGAAUAAAUUAUCAUAAAUAGUCUGCUAGUUUUUGAACGUCGAGCGAAGAUGGGAGACGUCAGUGAAGAGUCCUUACUGGAUUACAUCUUCAGGGCAGGGGGAAGGGUUAAGAACGCAGACUUAUUAAAAACAUACAAACAUUUUAUUAGCCAUAAUGACCAGCAACUGCGUGCCAAAUACAGAGAGGAGUUCAAACUGGUCAUUGACAGGAUCGCCGUGGUGAAGUCAGAGAAUGGUGAGAAGUACCUGGUGCUGAAAAAGAAAUACAAGCAGCUGAUGCAGGAGAGAGAGGCGGGGGGGGCGACCGACAGCAAGGCCGGCCCCCCCAGCCUCGUCGUCACGGCGCCGAGGGAGGUGGGAGAGGCCCCCUCCCGCCCCCAGGGCUCCGGUUCCUCAGAGGACCUUCGUCCCCAUGCCAGGGGCCCCGCUGGGAGGCCGGAGGUGGCCAAAGCCGCCUCGGUGUACCACCAAGGGCCCACCAUCACCAUCACGGGAUGCCCCGACAGUGACAGCCCUGAAGAGGGGCAGCGGACAGAGGAGGUGGAGGGGCAGCUCUCCCCUGCCGGACCAGAAGAAAUUCUGGAAUCGGAACCCGAAGAGCUUCCGGAAGACACCGCCAUCCCUACCGACGGGGAAGACCAAGCUGAUGGGGACACGGGUUCAAAGUCAGACCUGGAGCAGGAAGAGGAGGGCACGGGCAGCAUAGGAUCCAACUCUGUGGCUUUGGAUCCUCUGGAGAAAGAGUGGAUGCACUCUGCAGCCUGUGGCCGACUGGCCCACCUUUCACAGCUACUCAAACAGGAGCCCUCACUCGCCUACAAGAAGGACUUUACUUCAUUUACCGCCCUGCACUGGGCCGCCAAGCAUGGCAAAGGGGACAUGGCGGCCAUGAUGGCCAACGCGGGGGCUGACGUCAACACCAAAGCUCAUGGCUACACCCCCCUGCACAUCGCCGCCCUGCACGGUCACCGCCACAUCGUCGACCUGCUCAUCGGGACCUACGGUGCCAGAGAGAACGUGCGGGAUUACAGCGGACACCUGGCCUGCCACUACCUCGGCACGCGGGAGGACCGGGGAGCGUACCCCGGACUAGAGUUCCAGGUGGCCCAGAGCACUGAGCGGAGGAACAGGAAGCUGGCGGCCCUCUUCCACCACAAAGGCUCCGGUGGCUCCCGAAAAAAGUGGGGCUCGGUGGAGGACCUGGGUGCAGGGGCCGAAGAGAGGGCCACACCCCAUCAGCUGGCCCUGCCCGCCUUCCGGCCCCGCAAGUUCUCACGCUAAGGCUGACAAUGGGCUCAAAUGCACACACACACGCACACGCAGGCACACACGUGCACACGCAGGCACACACGUGCACACACACGCACACGCAGGCACACACGUGCAC